GGGGCCCUGCCCGCGGCUCGGGGGUGCAGAGCACCCUCUCCCGGCGCUGCCUGUCAGCAGCUGCCGGACGGUUUUAUUACUUUUUUUUUAUUAUUAUUACUUUUUUCUGCCUGCCAGCUGGGGCGGCUCAUCCCGUCCCGUCCCGUCCCUGACCGGUGCCGCUCGCCGGGGGAUGCCGCGCCCCGCGCCCCGCGGCUGAGCGGUCCCGCUGGGGCUCCAUGGGCUGCAUCGGCAGCGCCCUGCGCUGCUGCCCCGUCGGUGCCGAGAGACAGCUAAAAGCCCAGCAGCAGAGGGGAUCAGCUUCCCAGGAGCUCCCACCCUUGAAGACACAGAAUGCCAAUGCCUGCCUGCUUCCCAAGCACGGGGAGAAGGCAGCACGGCCAGAGGAGUGGGUGGACAGUGCAAGAUUCCUCCAAGGCCAGGAGGAGGAGGAGGAGCAGGAUGCUGGCCAGGCAGGCACUGCCAGCAUCUCCCAGGACAUCGAGAUCCAGGUGGAAAAGAGAAAAGAGCUGGAGCUGAAGGAACAGCUUGAUGCCCUUAGGAGAGAGCACACAGAAACCCUGCAAGAGCUCCAGGGAGCACAUGAGCAGGAGAAGCUGCUGCUGACAGAGUCCCACCACAGGUCUGAGGCAGCCUUACAGGAGAAAAUUCAGGCACUGAAUUCCCAGCUGAAAUCCUUCCAGGACAGGAUGAAGCGGGUGGAGGAGUCACUCUUGAGAACAGACUACAAGAAGCACAUCCAGGAGCACGGGAGCCCCAGCCCCUUCUGGGAGCAGGAGCUGGAGAGCCUGCACUUCGUCAUCGAGAUGAAGAACGAGCACAUCCACGGCCUGGACAAGAAGCUGCUGCACCUGGAGACUGUGGAGGAGAGGAACCUUCUGCUGGAGGAGAAAGUGAAAACUCUCCAGCAGGAGAAUGAGGACUUGCAAGUUCGCACCCAGAACCACUUGGUCAUGGCGAGGCAGCUCUCCGAGGAGCUCCAGGCGGCCCGCGGGGCGCUGGAGAAGGAGGCGCAGCUGCUGGAUCAGGCUCGCCGGGAGAAGGAGGAGCUGCUGUACCGAGUGCUCAACGCCGGGGACGGCGCCCCCCUCCCCAUGGCUCCCGGAGAGGUGCCCCUCAUCGCCACGUAGCACCGACGGCACCGGGGACUGCCGGGGCUGCCCUGCGAGCCCAGGACUGCUCUCACCAGUGCCCCCCAGUCGGGGCAGGGCUCCCGGCUGGCCGAGCCCUCGGGGCGCCUCAUGGACCACAGUGAUGGAGCAUUUCACGGGAUAUCUAUUCCUGCAUUUUCCCAGCCCGUGUGGGGCUGCAGAGGGACCCUGGCCUCCCACCCACACAUUUCCUGCACCCCUUCCUCUGGUGAGGGGAUGUCUUGGGGUGAACGGGGUCAGCCAGGACACAGGUCAGCUUUGGGCCAGAUCUGACCCAGCACUUGGCUCUGAGUAUAAACAGCACCGGUGCUGCCCCAGGGCAUGAGGACGAUGAGGAGGCCACUAGGAAAAGCAUCUGGAGGAUGAGGAGGGCACCGGGGACAUGGUGUUAACCUCACCAGGCAGGGUUCCCAUCCAUGCCCUCCUAUUCCCAUCACCUCCUCCACCUUCAGCAAAUGUCUCCCAGGUACUGCUCCUGCAGCUCAGGCAUGUCCCAGCUCACUGCCACAAAGAUCCCAAGCCCUACUUGUCCCUGCUGCACAUCAGCAGCCCCACCAGUCCCAUCUUCUGCCCCAAAAGCUGAACAGAGGUUGGACCUGCUUUGGCAGGUCACAUCCCUCUGCUUGAGGCAGGGGAUCCCCAGCAGGGAAGAUGCUGCCAGCAUGGCUGUGGCUCAGGGCUGGAUGCACACAAGCACUUUCCCUUGGGUGCACGAGUGUGGUGGGAGUCACUGCUCUGGGGCUGUCACAGGCCUGUCCCCACCCCAGGGCUGUUUAGCCAGAGCUGUAUGUGUGUUUGGGUGGGUGUGGGUGUGUGGGUGUGUUUGGGUGUGUAUGGGUGUGUGUGGUGUGUGUGUGCACCAGCCAAUGUGCUGCUGGCUGUAAGGAUUACAGAUCUGUAAGAAGCAGCAGCCUCAGGAAUCCCCCACGUCAGUGGUUUGGGGGACUGGUGCAGGAGGGUCCCAGAGUGGGGGCUGUGUGCUCCACACCCCAUACAGUGGGAAGAAGGGGAAGGGUGGGAGCUGGCACCACAAAGACUCAACAAGGAAGGUCCAGAUGAGGCCCUUUAGGCUGAUCCCCAUUUUCCUGCUCCUUUUCCUUCAUUUCAAUGGGCUCCCAGCUCAGGGCAGACCCGGACCCUCCCAGCAUCAGGGCCAUUGCAUCAGCCAUUUCCGUCCUUUGUGCUGACCCUAAUCAGAAAUACAGCAGCUGAACGGGCAGCCAGGAAGGCAACGUGGAUGUGGGGCCCAGCUCUGACCCACAAACCUCCAUGGGGUGGCCAGAGGGGGAAAUGGGGGAGCCUGUUGUGUCAGAACCAUGUCCCACCAGGGCACCCUCUGCUCCACACAUCAUCUGUGCCUCCCCCAGGUGCUGUAGCACCAAAGCAGGGGAGAGCCCAGCAAAUCCUGCCUAGUUAUGGCUGAAGGGAUCAGGAUUUCUGGACAAAGGGAUAUCAGGCUGGUGGGCUCUGGGAUCCUGCUCUGGACACCUGGUACCAUGUCCCAGAGCCCCAAAGGCAGAUCCUGCGUGGGACUUGGAAGAAUGUGCCCUACUCUGGGAAAGGGGACACUGGGAACUGAGGAGGAGGAAUAAAUGAGUGCAGAAAA